CCCCGUAUUUCCUUUAUGUUCUAUCAGAUUCAAACACUGAUGUUUUUCUUGCUGGUGUGUGUCCAGGCUCAUAGGCAAGCUGAGGAAAAGAAAACAGUUGCUUUCAGAAAACAAGCCAUCUCUCACACACAGCACAUUGAGUCCACACAGAGCUGCAUCCAGAUACACAGCACCAUAGAGGUAGAGAAAGAAUGGGAGGUAGAGAAAGAAGAGGCUUUACAGGUGCAGCGUGGGAUACUGGAGGAGCAAGCCCGGGAUGCUCUGGAGAGUGAGAGAGAAGAGGAAUGCCCUGGCUCUUCAAAACAAAGUGGUGGAACUACAGUAAACAGAACCAAGAUCACUGGUCACCAACAAAACAUCAGAUUUAACUUAAUCAUCAACUCAAUCAUCAAGUUUACAGACGACUCAUCAGUAGUAGGCCUGAUUACCAACAAUGACAAGACAGCCUAUAGGGAGGAGGUGAGGGCCCUGGGUGAGUGGUGCCAGGAAAAUAACCUCUCACUCAACGUCAACAAAACAAAAGAGCUGAUUGUGGACUUCAGAAAACAGCAGAGGGAGCACAGCCCUCUCCACAUUGAUGGGAUCGCAGUGGAGCAGGUGGAAAGCUUCAAGUUCCUCUACGUACACAUCACUGACGAUCUGAAAUGGUCCACCCACACUGACAGUGUGAUGAAAAUCCUCAGAAGGCUGAAGAAAUUUGCCACGGCCUGA